AUGAACACCAACAAGGUGGCAGAGGCUAAAUACGAGAAUGCUCCGACAUGGAUUUUUUGGGACAUUUCGUUCAUGCCGGUUCCCAAGGGUCAUUUGUCUAAAGCUGGUGAGAUCGCUCAGAAACUAAAGUCGGCGCUGAAUAAGUUGAACUAUCGUGGUCCAGUCUCCAUCAUUGCCUAUGGCAACAUGAAUCACGUCCCUACUUCCAUCAAGAAGGCUCUCUCUUCCGCUGGGAUUGCUCUUAACCACGUCUCCGGUGGGAGUCGUGAGACUAUCUCACAUUUUGAAGAUGACCUUUUGUUUCUGCUAAUGGAGAAUACUCCAGCUCCGGCUAAUCUAAUGCUCAUCGCUCGUCACCCGGCUCUCAUGGAUAGUCUUGGCGAGAUGCAAUCUGAAGGUUACAAUAUUCUCCUGGCAACUCAUCUAAAUGCUGAUGACUCUUUCUUGUCUUGUGCAACGACGGCAUGGCUAUGGGUGGGCUUAUGGGAUGAACCUGAACCUGAACCUGAACCAGCACCAGCAAGCUUGCCUGAACCUGAACCUGAACCAGCACCAGCAAGCUUGCCCUAG